GAGCUGGUUCUCGGUUCCUGGCCGAACGAAGAGUUCUGACCCUGAGUCGAUAGUUUUGCCGCUGACCAGCACGUUCUCCAGCAAGACUUCCACGAUGGCUGGAUUGAGAUUGCAACAUGCACGGAAAGGUGCCACUUGCUAUUGUAGAAGUACAAACGCACACGAGCCCACUUUCUCGCUUGGCCGGCGAUUCUUGACGCACUCGUAUGUCGAGGGAUCAACUGUUCCGCCUUUGGACCCCAGGACUCUUUCGACGUACUUUAAAACAGAGAUCCUCGACAAACACAAUGCACGACCAGCCUUGAUAUGUAAACGCGAGAGACCCAGAGCUCACGGUGGUCCACCGUCCCACAACCUCGGUGUCGCGUCGCACCUGGCCUGGGAUUUUCAAGAAUUCGAUAGGCACAUCGAUGCACUUGCACGAGGUCUUUUGAGUAUGGGUAUAGAGAAAGGCGAUCGUGUCGCAGUCAUAAUGGGAAACAAUAGUGCUUACGCGACUCUUCAGUGGGCCUGCGCAAGAGUAGGGGCUAUAUUGGUUACCAUUAACCCUGCCUACCGGUUAAAUGAGCUCACCAAUACUCUCAAUCUCGUCGGAGUGAAGCACCUAUUCAUUGUGCCAAGUAUCCGGACCUCCCAUUAUCUCUUCAUGUUCUCUGCAGGAUUUCAAGAGUUGCGGAAUUCGCUUCCGGGGGAUAUUCAAGAGCCUGCAUUACCCAGUCUUCGCAAUCUAGUCCUGGUGGACAAUAUAUCUAACCCCACUGAGUAUGAGAGACAGCUCUAUGGGAUUAAGAGCACAAUUGACUGGCGAGAGCUCAUGAUGUGGCGAGAAGAUAAUCAAGAACAGAAUAGACUCAACAAUAUAUCAGAAUCUCUGCGUUCAGAUGAGGUCAUCAAUCUGCAAUUCACGAGUGGAACAACAGGAAAUCCUAAGGCUGUAUCACUUACCCAUACUAACAUCCUGAACAAUGCACUUUCAAUUGCCCGCUGUAUGCGUCUUACACCAGACGAUGUUGUUUGCAAUGUCCCGCCUCUCUUCCAUUGUUUUGGUUUGGUUCUCGGCAACCUUGCAGCAUGGUCGCAUGGCUCUUGCAUAGUUUAUCCGUCUGCGACCUAUGAACCAGGAGCAAUCGUAAACGCCGUUUCAGAGGAGAAAUGCACGGCUUUGCACGGUGUACCAACGCACUUCCUUGGUGUUCUAGCUGAAGUGGAGAAGAGACAAAAAGAAGGCGAGAAACUCGAUUUCAGUAGACUUCGAACUGGUAUCGCUGCGGGAUCUCCGAUCCCUAUUGAGUUAAUGCGUCAAUUGAUUGACAAGCUGAAUCUCGUUGAUCUCACCAACGCAUAUGGGAUGACUGUUCACAGCCCAGUAUCGUUCCAAACGACUCCAGCAGAUCCGAUUUUGAAGAGGGUAGAGACGGUCGGUAAAGUACAACCACAUGUCAAGGCUAAGGUAGUCGAUGGCGAAGGAAAUAUAGUGCCGAUUGGCAAGCCAGGUGAAAUUUACGUGUCAGGAUACCUGGUUCAGAAAGGAUACUGGAAGGACCCAGAGCAGACAAACCGCGUGAUGCACGGUGAUACCAAAGAUAAGGGUACCAUUUGGAUGAGUACCGGUGAUGAGGGUAUAAUGGAUGAAGAAGGGUUUUUGAGAAUCGUUGGACGAACCAAAGAUAUAAUCAUUCGUGGUGGAGAGAAUCUCUUCCCAGUACAGAUUGAGAAUGUGCUCACUGCACACCCUAACGUCAGCGAAGCAGCAGCUGUUUCAGUACCUGAUGCGAAGUACGGUGAAGUCGUCGGCGCUUGGAUUGUUACGCGACCAGACAUCACGCUAGAAAAGGAAGAAGUGCGAAGAUUUGUUGCAGAGAGAAUGAAUCCCCAGAAUGCCCCGGCGUGGGUAUGGUUCGUGGGGGUGGACGGCGAAGAGCUACCCAAAACAGCCAGCGGAAAAGUUAUGAAGCAUGUUUUACGAGAAUGGAGUCGUAGCCUCGCAAAUAAAGGUAUUGGAAUGGCAUACUCGAAAGCGAAUGUAGUCUAAUUUCCGAGUAUCUAUCGAGUAGUAUUAUCUUGUAUAUUUGUGGGCCCAAAGGGACCAGGUUGUAUAUAUAAACAGAAUGAC